AUGGACGAGCUGGAAGUAGCAAUUUUAUGCUUGUAUGGAAACGAAAAUGAGCAGAUCAGCAAAAAUGAUGCGCAGAAAUUUUGUGAGAAUUUUCAAAACACUAUGGAUAGUUGGAAAUACUGCAUUAACAAGCUUGUUGAGUCAGAUAAAUUAGAAAUAAAAUUUUAUUGCGUUCAUGUAUUAAUUGAUAAAUUGUCCAUAUUGAAAAUAGAUGAUUUGAUAUAUAUAAAAAAUUCCUUAUAUAAUUAUUUAGAAAAAAAGUAUAUUACAGUGAAUGAAGAUAUAUGUGUGGUAAACAAAAUAGUGCAGUUGUAUGUAUCAUUGAUAGAAGUAUUAUAUCCUAACAAUAUGAAUGAUGCAUUCAAAUUUUUACUAAAUUUAAUUAUGAUAAAUAAUGAUAUGAGAAUAAAAAAUUUAUAUAUAACUUUUUUUUUAAAAAUAAUGAAUAUGAUUGAUGCAGAUUAUAUUGACAAUAUGUACUCCAAAAAAAAUAUACAAGUAACAACACAUUUGAAAGAAGCAAUAAAAAAUAAUGAUUUGCCAAUAAUUAUUGAAUGUUUUUAUUUUAUAAUGAAUUUAAAUAUUGAGAGUCAGAGUAGUCUUAGUAUUUUUACUUUAUCCAAAUAUAUAACCUGGAUUGAUAUAAAUUAUGUUGUAAAUGAUAAAAUUCUUGGUUUUAUAUAUCAGGGAUUAAAUUCGAUGAACACUAUAACUGAAGCGAGUUAUUGCUUCUUAACUGCGUUAAUUCGUAAGGGUAUGAGUGCAGUUAAUAAAAUACAAUUUAUUGAAAAUGUAAAUAUUAUUUAUAUACUUGAAAAUGUACCUAAAACUACUGAGUUGUCUUUUGAUAUAAACAAAAAUAUUAUGUUAAAAAGAGGAGAGCUGAUUAACUACUUAUGUUUAGAGUUAACGGAAUCCAUAUAUGAAAUUACCAAAUUGAAAGAUUAUAAUAUGAACAUAUUAAAAUAUAAUGAAAUAUGUGAUAAGGCAAAUAAUAUGAUAUUUUUAGUUUUACCACAUGCUCUGAAUAUAUUUGCUGUGGAUAAUUUUUACAUAGCUAGUACAGUAGAAAAGUUUUUCAGUUUGUUUUUUACAAAAUUUAAAAGUAUUGUAGAUUUACCUUCAUCUACUCUUACAAUCAAUAAUUCUAUUUCAUCAGAUAAAACAAAUAAUAUUAAUAUGAAUAUAAAUACUUAUAAAAUACCCGUCUCAAAGUUAAACGUAUUUAUUAAUACCCUUAUUUGUACUACUGUAAAUAAAUUUGAAUUUCCAUUAUAUAUUAACGAAGAUUAUGAUGAAGAGGAUGAAGACUUUAUAGCAUUUAACACAUUUAGAGGAAAUAUGGAAAAACUAUUUCAACGAUUAAUAUUAUUCGAUAAGUUAAAAGCCAUCGAAAUUAUUAAGAAUGCUAUUAUUUACAUUAAUCAAAAUUUUGAUAACCUUAAAUGGAACAGUAUUGAAUCCAAUUUAUAUGCCUUCUAUAUCACAACGUCCAUUUAUACAGAUUAUAAAAGCAGUGCAUCUAGUCUGAGCGCAAAUUCUAAUACUAGCGCAGUUAAUAGUACAAAUACUGCUAAUCAUAGUAAUAGUAAUACGGCUGAUUAUACUUCUAACACCGUUAACCACAAUGGUAUUAAGAACGCCGUAAUAGCAGCGAACAGCACGAGUAAAAACCAUAUGGACAGCUUCAAGCAACAAAAAGAGUUAGCAGGUCUAACGGCAGAUUAUAACAAACUACUCUUUGAUUGUUUAAUGGAGUUACUGAAAAACAGAAAAAUUGUAAAUUGUAGUAAUCAUCUUAUCAAUAUCAAUUUGAUGGAAAUAUUUCAAAGACUAAAUUUAUUUUUUCUUAAAAAUCCUGAGUAUAUAGAAUAUUCUCUGCAUGUAUUUAUAACUAACGGUAUUAGGAGUAAUAAAAAUAAAGUAGUAAAAAGGGCUGUUCAUAUUUUCAAGAAAUUUUUAAAAACUAAUUCGUCUGUUAUAUCUAAAUAUAUUAAAGAAAUACUACAUAUGUUGGAACCUUUUUUAGAAAUUCCAUCAGUACAACAAAAAAUAAACAAAGGGAAUAAUACGAAUAACACGAAUACCACAAAUAAUACUAAUAACACGAAUAAUACGAAUAACAUAAAUAGAAGCAUGCUAGAUAAUAACAUAUCUUUAGAUGAUGAUACCAUUAAAUCCAUUUAUAAUUACAUUUAUUCGGAUAAAAAUUAUACAUACGAGGAUCAGAUAGACAUAUACGAAACUGCAGGCCUAUUGUUAUUGCACUAUGAUUUCUCGAGGAUUAAAAAAGCUUCAAGGAGUGAAAAAUCUCAUCAGCAGCAGAGCACAAUCGUGGGUAAUGUUAGUAUUAGUGGUAAUCUUAGUAGUGAUGGUUUAGGUGCAAACAUAGGUAAUGCAGACACUAAUAGUGUGUACACUGACGUAUGCACGGAUUUGAAUACCCGAAAUGAAAAAAUGAACGAAGAGCUAAUACCGAAUUAUAAGGAUAGAAUAUUUUUUUUCAACGGUAUUUUGAAGAAAUUAGUAGAAAACUUGGCUACAAUUAAGAAUCUGUUUUUAAAUUCAUCAAGAACACAACAUGAUAAUUUAUGCUUAAGUUUUACAUGUAGUGUCGUUAUUAGAUGUAUUGGUGCCUUAUGCAAAAAUGUAAAUAUUAAUAUGACAGAUCCGUUAAUAAAUGAUUUGGACAAUACUUUAGGUAUGAUUAUAAGUGAAUCUUUAGAAUUGUUUUAUAAUAAUUAUAUUGUUAGAGACUCAGUGUUGUUUACUUAUAGAAUUCUUUCUAACUUAUUUAAAGAAUUAUCUCUAAAUUAUACUAUUAAAAUUUUACCAUAUUUUUAUAACAUAUCGUAUAAUAUUAUAAUGACAAAAAUGGAGAAAUCUGGUAUUCGUACUGUUCCAGGUAGUAGUAAUAAUAGUGAUAGUGCUAGUGGAAUACCUCCUGGUAGAGCACAAAAUGAUAACUCGUUUUCAUUCGAUAUGAUUACACCUACGUCAUAUCAAAUGGUAAGUAGGGGCACAACAAAUGAUGGAACUAAGUUCUCUAGCUUAUAUCAAGAGGAAUUGAAAUAUUUAUAUAAUGAAUUGAAUGAAUUAAGUAUAUUAGUUUGCCAUCUCAUAUCAACAUAUAAAGAGAAGUCGUUUGACACUUUUGUUAAACCAUAUAUACAUAACAUUACACAGAUUCAUAUAAAUGUAUGGAAAUGUAUUAAUGUACAAUCAGUUGAAAUGCAGAGAGAACAGAAUUCAGUAUUAUCCCCCUUAUUACUAAUACUUUAUAAUAUUUCUUUGAAUAUACCAUCAUCUAUUCAUAAUUUUAUCUCAUUUAAAAAUAUUGCUUUAAAUCAUAAACACUUUUGUGAGUUAUUUUCGAAUGACGAGAUUAUGAAAACAAACAUUUCAGAUGCCAUUACUAGUAUAUUACUUAUAUCUUUAAAUUACAAAAACACCAAUGAUUUGAAUAUUUGUUUUUACUCUGCUCAAACGGUUUCUAACAUGCUCAACAAUGCCGCAUGCAUGGCCAACGCAAAUGAGAUACUGAGUAAAUAUCCCUUAAUACAAAUCAUAGACACUCUGUGUGUUACUCUCAAAUCACUUGAUUACUCGGAUCCGAAGAAUAAGAAGAUAAUUCAAGAAGUUUUAAAUAUAUUUCGACUAUUUUGUGGGUUUAAAGUGAAUGCAAAUUGCUUACCAAACAAAAUUACGCAGAAUUCACAAAUAUGCUUACAUAAUUCCCUGCUGGAAGUCUUUAAAAACAAUCGUAAUGAUAUUGGAGUUUUAUUUCAAGCUAUCAACGCGAACAAUCAACAACAAUUUAGGCAAAUUUUGUCAAAUCUAGUUAUAUGA